AGGCAGCAGGAUGUCCACCGCGUCCUUCCACAUCUCCAACCUGUUGGAGAAAAUGACAUCAACCGACAAAGACUUUCGGUUCAUGGCCACCAACGACCUGAUGCUGGAGCUGCAGAAGGACAGCAUCAAGCUGGACGAGGACAGUGAGAGGAAGGUGGUGACGAUGCUCCUCAAACUGCUGGAGGACAAGAACGAGGUUCAGAACCUCGCCGUCAAAUGCCUGGCCCCUCUGGUGAGUAAGGUGAAGGAGCCUCAGGUGGAGACGAUGGUGGACACGCUGUGCUCCAACAUGACGUCGGACAAAGAGCCGCUGAGAGACAUCUCCAGCAUGGGACUGAAGACCGUGAUCGCUGAGCUACCGCUGUCUUCAUCAGGUUUGAGCCUGACGGUCAGUGUGUGUAAGAAGAUCACCUCUCAGCUGAUUGGUGCGAUGGGGAAACAAGAGGACGUGUCCGUUCAGCUGGAGGCUCUGGACAUCCUGUCGGACAUGUUGGGGAGGCUGAGUGGAGCUCUGGUCAGCUUUCACAGCUCUCUGCUCUCCAGUCUGCUGCCUCAGUUAACCAGCCCCAGGAUGGCGGUCAGGAAGCGCUCCAUCUUGGCUCUCGGUCACCUGGUGCCCUGCUGUAGCCCCGCCCUCUUCACCCAGCUGACUGAACACCUGUUGACAGAGUUGGCCAAGGCCCCGCCCACAUCCAUGACGAGGACGUACAUCCAGUGCCUGGCAACCAUCAGUCGUCAGGGCGGCCAUCGAGUCGGUGAACAUUUAGAGAAGCUGAUCCCGAUGGUGGUGAAGUUCACCGGUGUGGAGGACGACGAGCUGAGAGAGUAUUGUUUCCAGGCCUUUGAAGCCUUCAUACGCAGGUGUCCAAAGGAGAUGUCUCCCCAUAUUGCCACGGUAACACAGCUUUGUCUAAAGUUCAUGACCUUUGACCCGAACUACAACUAUGAUGACGAGGAGGAGGAAGAGGACAGCAUGGACGUAGAGGACGGGCUGGACGAAGAAUCCGAUGAGGAGUACAGUGAUGAUGACGAUAUGAGCUGGAAGGUGCGUCGCUCCUCCAUCAAGUGUCUGGAGGCGCUGAUCACCUCCCGCCGUGACCUCCUGCUCUCCUUCUACUCCUCCGUCUGUCCCGCUCUGCUCGCUCGCUUCAAGGAGCGCGAGGAGAACGUGAGGGCCGACGUCUUCGCCGCCUUCUCCGCGCUGCUGAGGCAGACACGGGCGGGAUCGAACCGCCGGGGCCUCGUCACGGCCUCGGAGUCAUCGGGGAGCAGGAAGGAGGAAGAGGAGGAGGAGGAGCCAGGAGUCGCCAUGCUGAAGAAACAGGUUCCUCUGAUAGUGAAGGCUCUCCACAGACAGCUGAAGGAGAAGAGUGUUAGAUCUCGACAGGGCGGCUUCAGUCUGCUGACUGAACUCAGUCACACUGUUCCUGGAGCUCUGGAGACACACAUACCUGCUCUGAUACCUGGCAUCGUCUUCUCCCUGACAGACCGCUCCACCUCCUCCACCAUGAGGAUUGAUGCUCUCUCCUUCUUCCACGUUCUCCUCCUGUCUCACCCUCCUCAGGCCUUUCAGCCACACAUGCAGGUUCUUGCCCCCCUGGUGGUGGCCUGUGUCUCGGAGGACUCCUUCUAUAAGAUCACCUCUGGAGGCUCUACCGUUCGUCAGCAGCUGGUCAGAGUGAUAAGGCCGUCGGGACAGAGCGCCACAGAUGAUAAUGACCCUGGACUGGUUCCUCCUCAGGUGUUUCCUGUCACCCUGAAGAGGCUGAAGGCGACCGACAUCGACCAGGAGGUGAAGGAGAGGGCCAUUUCCUGCAUGGGUCACAUGGUGUGUCACCUUGGCGACCACCUGGGGGCGGAGCUUCAGGGGGUCCUGGUGAUCUUCCUGGAGAGGUUGAAGAACGAGAUCACCAGACUGACCGCCGUCCGGACCAUCACGCUCAUCGCUGCCUCACCGCUAAAGAUCAACCUGUCCUCCAUCCUCCCGGAGACUCUGUCCGUGUUGGGAUCUUUCUUGAGGAAGAACCAGCGAGCUCUGAAGCUCGCCACGCUGGCCUGUCUGACCGCGCUGGUCACGCAUCACGCCGCCGGCAUCAAACCCGCGGCCCUGGAGCCCGUCCUGAGCGAGCUGCCUGCUCUGGUGGACGAGAGCGACAUGCACGUAUCACAGGUGUCCAUCUCCUUGCUGACCUCCAUGUCCAGAGCCUGCUCCUCCUCCUUGGCUAAGAUCAGCUCCUCGGUGCUGCCGGGCGUCUUCAGACUGGUCCACUCUCCUCUGCUGCAGGGAGGAGCGCUGGCCGCCAUACUGGACCUCCUGCAGGCGCUGGUUCUGUCCAAAACCAGUAACCUGGGCUACAGUCAGUUGCUGAAGUCUCUCACAGGUCCGUUCCACACCUCCCAGUCCUCCCUCCUCCACAGACAGUCGUACCAGUCUGUAGCUCGUUGUGUAGCAGCGUUGUCCUCCUCCUGCCCCUCAGAGACACCGGCCACGGUGGCCGGACUCCUGCAGGAGGUGAAGAAUCCAGGUUCUCCUGAGUCGGCUCGUGUCCUGGCUCUGUUGUGUUUGGGGGAGGUGGGGAGGAGCGGCAGCCUGGGAGGAAGUAAGGAGGUGAAGGGAGUCCUCCUGGAGGCCAUCUCCUCCACCAACGAGGAGGUGAAGACGGCGGCGUCCUGCGCUCUGGGCAGCAUGGCGGUCGGCAGCCUGAACGACUACCUCCCCUUCCUGCUGAAGGAGAUCUCCUCCCAGCCGAGGAGACAGUACCUCCUGCUGCACUCCCUCAAGGAGGUCAUCAGUGCCUGUCCAGCCUCUAGUCUGUCCCCCCAUGUGGAGUCCAUCUGGACUCUGCUGAUUCAGAACUGUGAGUGUGAGGAGGAAGGAACCAGGAACCUGGUGGCUGAAUGUUUGGGGAAGCUGACUCUGGUGAACGCCGAUCAGCUGUUACCACGACUGAGGCAGCAGCUCAGAGCCGGUUCUCCUCUGGCUCGAAGCACCGUGGUGACGGCCGUCAAGUUCACCAUCGUCGACCAACCGGCUGCCAUCGACGCCCUGCUGAAGGACUGCAUAGGCGACUUCCUGAAGACCCUGCAGGACGAGGACAUCAACGUCCGCCGCGUCUCUCUGGUGAUGUUCAACUCCGUGGCUCACAACAAGCCGUCUCUGAUCCGUGGUCUCCUAGCAACCGUGCUGCCUCACCUGUACAGGGAGACCCAGAUCAGGAAGGACCUCAUCAGAGAGGUGGAGAUGGGUCCGUUCAAACACACAGUGGACGACGGUCUGGACGUGCGUAAGGCGGCGUUCGAGUGCAUGUACACGCUGCUGGACAGCUGCCUGGACGGGCUGGACGUCCUGCAGUUCCUGGAUCACGUGGAGGAAGGACUCAAAGAUCACUACGACAUCAGGAUGCUGACGUUCCUGAUGUUAGCCCGACUGGCCUCUCUGUGUCCUGCAGCUGUUCUCCAGCGUCUGGACCGACUCAUAGAGCCUCUUAAAGCUACCUGCUCCACCAAGGUGAAGGCCGGCUCCGUGAAGCAGGAGUUUGAGAAGCAGGAGGAGCUGCGGCGCUCAGCGAUGCGUGCUGUCGCCGCCCUGCUGGCCGUGCCCGAGGUGGAGAGGAGCCCCAGCAUGGCCGACUUCGCCAACAUGAUCAGAACCAACGCAGACAUGGCGUCCAUCUACCAGAGCGUCCAGGGGGGGGAGGGAGGGGGGGAGGGCCCCGCAGAGAACAUGGACAUCAGCUAG